UGUAAAGCGAAACGAGCAAGAACCAGAGAAGUCCAGAGAUUUCAGGACAGAUUAGUUGUGAACCUAUAAAUAUCCUGCCUCAUUCCCCAACCUCCAUCCAUCGAGCCAAGACUGAAGCAUUUGAUCGAGCUCCAAACAAACACUCGUUCCAAACUUCCUCCAAUCCACUUCAUACAAAGAAACCUAAGCAGCUAGCGAUCCACGACAAACCAACAAUGUCGCUCGUGAGGCGCAGCAACGUGUUCGACCCCUUCGCUGACUUCUGGGACCCCUUCGACGGCGUCUUCCGCUCCCUCGUCCCGGCGACCUCCGACCGCGACACCGCCGCUUUCGCCAACGCCCGCGUCGACUGGAAGGAGACGCCGGAGUCGCACGUCUUCAAGGCCGACCUCCCCGGCGUCAAGAAGGAGGAGGUGAAGGUGGAGGUGGAGGAGGGCAACGUGCUGGUGAUCAGCGGGCAGCGCAGCAAGGAGAAGGAGGACAAGAACGACAAGUGGCACCGCGUGGAGCGCAGCAGCGGGCAGUUCAUGCGGCGGUUCAGGCUGCCGGAGAACGCCAAGGUGGACCAGGUGAAGGCCAGCAUGGAGAACGGCGUGCUCACCGUCACCGUGCCCAAGGCUGAGGUCAAGAAGCCCGAGGUGAAGGCCAUUGAGAUCUCUGGCUGAGAAGGAGAGAAGCUAUAUACGUCGUGCUGUGCUCGAGUCCGGUCGUGUCAGGUCCAUGUGUGGCGAGUCUCGUGUCUGUGUGGCAGUUGUGUCGUGGCCUCCGCCAAUGUAAUGUAUUCUGGUUAGACCGGAGCACAACAUUGGUUCGGUCCUUGGAAUUGUCCCAUGGCGUCUGAAUGAAUGAGUAAAUAAAGUGUCCGGCCGAUUUGCACAAGUGUCAUUCA